CAGACAGCCAAUCCACAUCCUGCAAGGCGUUGUCCUUUCAUUACGGCCCGUGCUUCCCCGUCCGUUCCGCAUCUUCGUCCACCACCUGUCUCCAGUCCGUCCUGUCAAGAUGCACUUCCUUCAGCUCUUGUCGUUGGCGCUGCCACUCAGCCUGGCCGUCGCCGUUCCCUAUGGUGCUGCUCCUGGUGGCUGCAAACCCAGUUCGCCGGCCUGCUGCUCGAACCCGCUGAUCCGUAAGGAGUGGCGGACCCUGACCACCCAGCAGAAGCAGAGUUACAUCUCGGCUGUCAAGUGCCUGCAAAGCAAGCCAGCUAAGCUGUCCAACCUCUACUCGGCUUCCAAGUCUCGCUUCGAUGACUUCCAGGCUUCCCACGUGGAUCUGACCCCCAACAUCCACUGGAAUGCACCGUUCCUCCCAUGGCACCGUUAUUUUAUUUCUCUUUACGAGCAGGAGCUCCGCACGACAUGCGGCUACACUGGUGCCCAGCCUUACUGGAAACUGGCCCUUGACGCGGGCAGCGAAGCCGCCAUUCUCAAGUCUCCUGUGCUGGACCCGGUCACCGGCUUCGGUGGCAAUGGCCCAUAUAUCCCCGAUGCCGAGGCAGCUGCCUUUCCCAACUUGCCGUUCGUUGUCCCUGGCCGCAGCGGUGGUGGUUGUGUCCCCAACGGCCCCUUUGCGAAGCGCAACGUCUCCCUGGCGCUUGGCGAUACUCUGGGGUACGACCCCCACUGCCUGCGCCGUGACAUCAGCCCAUACAUCGUCACCCAGGCUGGCAAUGCCUCUGUCGUCAACUGGGCUCUUGCCGCCCCGAAUUUCUACGAGUUCAACAUCCGUCUUCAGGGUGGCCUGCAGCCCGACCAGAUGACCCUCCACGCCAGUGUCCACAUCGGCAUCGGCGGCAACAGUGGUGACAUUGCUAAUGUCAACUCGUCCCCCGGAGACCCCCUCUUCUUCCUCCAUCACGCCAACCUGGACCGCAUCUGGGAGCAGUGGCAGGCAAGCGCCCCUGGCCGCCGCACAGACUUCUUCGGACCCGACAAGGAGUGGGCCUACCCUUUCAACUUCUUCGGUGACAUCCCCUACUCGAACAUCACAGCCGACUUUGACGUUGGCUUCGGUGGUCUGUCCGGAUCGAAGAAGGUUCGUGACCUGCUCAACCCGCUCACUGGUCCCCUUUGCUACAAGUACGCGUAAGGGGGGACAGCCGCCAGGCGAGAAAUAUGUCCUAGAGGAGAUCAAUGGAGAAGAAUUACUUUAUAGAUUAAUAGCAAUAGACAGAGGGCUCCAUAAGCUGUUCUACCAAUGGUUCGCCGC